GCGCAGCACUCAGAUUGCGCUUUAGGCAGAGCUUGUAAACUGAACCAAGUAAUGAAUGGGAGUGCUGUAGAAAUCCACAGCAUGAAGGAGAAGCAGCUCUGCAAGAGACGAGGCAGCAGUUGAGUCCUGGACGCGGGUGAAAUGAUGCAGUGCUGCUGUUCAGUGCAAACAGCAUGAAAGCAUCGCCUGGUUCUCUGAUUAAUUACUGCUGUUGCUGAGAACACAGCCAGCCAUUGUGAUCUGAAGCGGCGGAGCCCUUCGUAACCAGUCUCAGAAUGGACAUGUUGGGUUUUGAAGUUAGAUAUGGGUUUGCAGAGAUGCCUGAACCUUUUGAAGUCUCUACCAUGAGCAGAUGUACCAAGCAUCCAUCUGCCAGGGACUAGCUCAGUGGGCACUUUGCAAGAACUUGAAGAAACUCUGAGGCAAAGUCAUCUGCUGAUUUUACAUCUGCUCCAAAAUCUCUUAAAACCCAAGCGUAUUGGUCAUCACACUCGGACGAUGGAGGCCGGUCAGGAUGACUUGCUGCAGCAGCUCAGAGAGCUGUCUGUGUCUGAGCAGGAGGCUACAGCUAAGGUGGAGGAGUAUGAGGCUCAGAUCCAGGAGCUGCAGGAUAUAAUCACAGAGCUCCACCAAGAAAUGUCCCUGAAGGACCAGGACAAACUCAGCCAGCUCCAGCAGCUCAUCCAGCUGGAGGCUAAGGUGAAGGAGCUCACAGAAGAGUUGCAGGGCUCAGCAGAGACGACAGCUCAGCUUCGACGCGAGGCCACUGAAAGAGAGGUGAAGAAUAGCGACCCGCACAGGGAUAUGACCAGUGAUCUUCCAGAGGGAAGAGGACUAGAGAUCUUGAAGAGUGAGUUGUGUCGUCGGGAUGCGAGCAUCCAGAAGCUCCGGAGAGACCUGCUGCUCUCUCACCAGGCCCGCGACGCCCAGAGUGCUCAGCUGGAUGUCCAGGAACAGAGGCUGUGGGAGCUGCAGAGAGAGCUACAGGAGAGCCAACAGGAGCUCCAGCGAGGACACAGCCGCCACCAGCAGCUCCGCAGGGACCUCCAGGGUGCAGCACAGCAGGCUCACCAGCUGCAGGCUCAGCUGAGCGAAGUGAAAGGGCGGCUGGUGCAGGUGGAGAGUGAGAAUGAAGCUCUGCUGGGAUUUAAAUGUCUCCAAGCAGCUGAGGUGGAGAGGCUCAGCGCAGAACUGUGCUCCCUGCGAUCAGCAGUGCUGCAGAAAGGGACCGAGAAGGCACAGGAGGCUCAGAGGCAGUGCAGAGAGCUGGAGUCAGAGCUGUCCAAAACCAAGGCCCAGCUCAGUGAGUGCCAGGACAGGACACAGGCUGUUCAGAAGAGGGCAGAUGAACAGAUAGAAGAGCUGCAGGAAGCAGUGGUGGGACUGAAGGCCCAGCACAGCCAUGUCAGUUUGGCGUUGCAGGAGCACAGUACGGAGCUUCAGAGCCUCCAGAAGUCCCACAGCGAGCUGCAGGUGCGAGAGCGGGAGUGGCAGAGAGAGAAGCUUUCCCUGCAGGAACAGCUCAACAGAACCAGACAGGAACUCCACAGCGCCACCCUCAGGGCGGAAGAGCAGCGUCUGAAAGAGGUCCAGAUUGAUGAGCUCCAAAGAGAGGUUGACAGGACGCUGGCAUUGCUGGAAAAGGAGAGAGAGGAAGGCAGCCAGGUGGAGGAGCUGGAGAGUCUGAGAGAGGAACAGCAGCAGCUCAAGGACAAGGUGAGCUGGGCAGAGGCUCGGGCCAUGGAGCUAAAGAAGGAGCUGGAACGGGUCAGGCAGGAGCGGCAGAGGGAGGUGUGGGAGUGGAGGGAUCGGGAGCGCUCCUCCACGGAGAGACUGAAGCAGAUGCAGGCUCAGUUGCAAGAAGCCCAGCACAGCCUGAAUGUCCAGCAGGAGACGAGCUGCUGCCUGAAGGACAAGCUUGACGCGCUGCAAGCUACGCUCAGCGAGCGCGAAGAGAGGCUGACCGCUUUGACCCUCGAGGAGGAUGUUCUGAGACAGGAAGCACAUGCUCGAGACCAGGAGGCUACUGACCUACGCCAGCAGCUUACGGCCUGCCAGAAUGAUCUGCAAGAAGUGAGCAGCGAGCUCCAGAGCUGCCAGAGAACCCUUAGGGAACAAGAGGCCCUGAGAGCAGGACAGGAGCAGAGAGUGACUGAACUGAAAGCUGAGCUGACCCAGCUGCAGUGCCAGUAUACAACCUGCUACUCCCAGUUGGUGGAGAAGGAGGCGUCUGUAUCCAGGCUGAGGGCUGAUCUGCAGCAGGCGAAGGAGCAGAGGGACAAGCUGACCUCCCAGCUCGUCCUGCUCACAGAGAAGUACCGGACAGCACAGCAAGAGGUGUCCAGCAAGGAUGAAACUAUGCUGAGGCUGAGUGCGCAGCUGAGCUCUGCUCAGGAACAUCUGACCUCUAAACAAGACGAGCUUGCAGGGCAGGUUGAGGAGGUAAAGUCUAAAGGUGAGGAGCUUGUGGCCCUACAGAAGGAGGUGAGAAGAAUACAGAAGCUCCUGAACCAGAGAGAGGAGGAGCUGGAGAGGGAGAAACACAGAAAUGUCCAGCUCCAGUUGGAAAACGAUGACCUCCUUACGAAGUGUGAGGGCCAGCGGACGAAGCUCUGUGAGCUCCUUGGGGAGGUGCAGCAGUGGCAGCAGGAGGCGCACAGCCAGAGGGAGGACCGGGAGGAGGAAGCGCAGCGGCUGAGGAAGGAGCUGCAGGAGGCCCAGACUCGCCUCCAGCAGCACAGAACCAGCCUGGAGCACCUGCACAGAGAGCUGGAGACAUCUCACAAGCAGCAGAGAGAUGCCGAGGAGCAGGCCUCCGGUAGGGAAGCAUCCCUGCGUGGUCAGGACUCUGAGCUACGCCGGCUGAAGGCUGAUCUGCAGGAGGCUCAGAGAGUCACCUCAGACGCUGAGUCCAGACUGCAGUUGCUCAGUGACUCCAUAGAGCUCUACAAACACAAAUAUCAGGCCUGCCUGAGUAAGGUAGCCGAGCUGGAGAGUACCCUGCACAGUCAAGAGGAGGACCUGAAGGACGCCAGGACACAGGCGGCAGAGCGUGAGGAGCAGGUGCUGCGUCUGCAGGCGGAGGCCGUGGCUCUGCGGGGAGAUGUGAAGGCGCGCUGUGCUCAGUUGGAGAGCGGAGACGAGGCCCUGGCCGCCCUGAGCCAGCGGCUGAGAGAUACGCAGAGGGAGCUGGAGAUCAGCCGUGCACACGCACAGGAGUGUGAGCUGGUCAUCAGCACGCUACGGGACAACACCACAGCCCUGCGCAGACAGGUGGAGGAGCAGGAGGAGGCCGUGGUGAAGCUCCAAUCUGAUUUCUCUGUAUACAGAGCUACUCACAUCCAUUCCGAUUCGGACUACGAAUCCCAGCUAUCACACAUCCAGGAACUAGAACAGGCGCUGUCCCACACUCUGGAGCGCUGUGGUCAAGGGGCCCGUGAGCUGGAGCAGCUCAAAGAGGAGGCAUGCAGGCAGAGGCAGCUCAAAGACAGCAGCCUGGCGGAGGUGCAGAGGCUACAGGAGCUGGUGAGGCAGCUCCAGGCAGAUGCUGUGUGUGCGGCACAGAGCAGGCAGGCAGAGGUGGACGCUCUGAAGCAGAGGGCAGCUGGACUCGAGGAGGAGCUAGAGGCAGCUCAUAGGCAGUGUGCCCAGAAAGACCAGGCCGUGCAAAAAAGAGACGUGCUCCUGAGGCAGUCCGAGGCUGACCUGGUGCAGGCACGGGACAAAAUCCGUAGCCGGGCGGCGGAGGCAGAGAGGCAUGCCACUGCAGUGCAGGUCCUGGAGGCAGACCUCCGCAGCGCCAGGAAAGAGAGGAGGCAGAAAGAGAACGAGUGCGCUACUCUCAAAACACAGUUGCUCCAGCUGCGCAACGAGCUAAAGGAGGCCCAUACUAGCUGCAGAGAGAGCGCCCAGGAGCUGGCACGGCAGGAGGAAAAGGUGCUCCUGCUGGAGGGUGGGCAGCAGCGGGCACAGGAGCAACUGGCAGAGCGGGUAGCCGAGGUGGUGCGGGCCGAGCAGUGCCAGCGGAGGCUGCAGGCUGAGCUCAGGAGACUCCAGCAGAGACUGGACUCAACAGAGCAGGAACUUCAAGACUGCAGGGGCCUGUUGGAGCAGGAUAAGGUAGUGGCCAGCAGCAGCAGGCAGGCUCAGCUUGAGGCCCAGCAGGAGGCCUCAUGGCUGCAGCAGGAGAACCAAGCGCUCCAGGAGGACCUGUCCAGUGGCAAAGAGACGCUUGCACAGCUGCAGGAGCAGCUGAAAGAGCAAGCUGAGACUAUGCAGGCUCUGAGAGAGGAGCUGUCACAGGAGCAGGCCAGGCAACAGGAGCAGCUGGCCUGGGCACAGAGCAACAGCUACAGAGAGAGCAGCCUGGAGGCAGAGAGAGACCAGCUCAGGACUGAUCUGGAGACAGCAAGAAAACAGCUGAGUGAGCAGGAGCAGCUGGUGAGCAGUCUGCAGGAGCACGUGUCUGAGCUGCAGAGCACCACCCUCAGGCUGCAGGAGGGAGAGGCAGGCAGGCAGGAGGAGCUGCAGCAGUGCAGGAGAGAGCUGGAGAGCAGAGACACUCACGUACAAAAACUCAGCCAAGAGCUGGCCGAGCACAGUCGGGAGGUGCCGCGCCUGCAGCAGCGCCUGCUCCAGCAGACGGAAGAGAGGACAGCACUGCAAGAGAGGAUUACUGAGCUGACCACAGAGCUGCAGAACCUGCACAGCGAGAGCCGACUCUCUCAAGAUGAGGCUCGAAUGUUUGAGGGACGCCUGGCAGAGCUGAGCGCCCAGCUGGCCCGUUCUCAGCUCUGGGGCCAGCAGCAGCUAGCCUCUCUGCAGUGCAGAGAUGAAGAGGUCUUGGUACUGAGGGUGGAGAUCGCCUCCCUCAGAGAGAACUACCACUCAAAAGUAGCUCAGGUGGAGGCCUUACACUCACAAAUGGACUCCAUAGAGCAGCAAUAUAGUGCAGCUGUGGCUGAGGUGGAGGUGCUGAGGCAGGCUUUGGGUGAUGCUCGCUGUGACAGCUCCCGCCUGCACCGAGAGAGCGAGUUGGUGGUGACCAAUGUAAACCAGUGGGUGAAGGAGCAAAAGCAGACUAAUGAGAAGCUUGGACUGAAAAUCAAAGACCAGAGCAAGAAGAUUAUCCAUCUCACAGCCGAAAAAGAUCACCUGCAAGAGAACGUGGAGAAGAUGCAGGCGGAGAUCCGGACGCUGAAGGCAGAGCUGGAUGAGCGAAGGAUAGAGGUGGAGAGGGAGAAGGCCUUUCAACCACAGAGUACGAGUGACCAGAGGAACACCUUGGCUCAACUGCCCAACCACCAGCCCUCUGUGUUAUCGGUCUCCAGAGAGGUCUUCAGCCAGAGGGAGAACCCAAGCAAAAAGAGGCCUCUGGCCAUAAACCUGGACCUCAGCUGACCCGCGAAUGCCGGACAGUGCCUGAGCCCUCGUUCGCUGCUGAGGUGGCCCGCAGAGUUGCACGCAGGGCGCUGGAGAGGAGAACCCUUCACAGGCUCUGCUGGACAUGGAGAUACUGACACAGCUGGGAUGGAGCCUGCAGUAAUCUUUGCAUAAUCUCAGGGAUCUUCUCUGACACUUAGGAACUCAUCUUUAAAAAAACACUCCUUUUCUGAAAUAUUAAACAAUACAUUAUACAAAGUUUUGAAUGUAUAUUAUGAAAUUAUUUAUUUAUGCCCAAAGAUUUGUAUGUCCCUGUUGAACUUGAAUAGUUGUUUUCAUAAAUAAUACCUUAAUGUAAUACAUGUUGCCCGUUUAGAUAUUAAAGCAUUUGUGUUUGCGACUGAACGUGAUGUAUCGUUUUUAAUUGACUGUAAAUGAUACAACCUUUACUCCAAGAUAAAUGAAGAAUGGGAAAUGAAAAGAAGUUAAAGCAGCUCCUGUAGCAGUAGUUUCUGUGUGACUGAUAACUGUGAUGAGAUUUUAAGUUUGGGUCAAAACUUGAAGCGUUUUCUUAAAAUAAUUUUAGUGAAUAUUUUUACUAAGCACAACAGUGAUCUUCACCGCUGGCUUUUAUUUGUUCUCUACAGAGAUAAAUUCAUGAAUGCAUUUGGAAAAAUAGUUUUUUUUGUUUACUUAAAUACGAUGGCAUAUUUGUGAAAUAAAGUAAUUCACAAUUGCAUUGUUGGCAGAAUUAUAAUUGACCUAUUCUGUGUUUUUAGAUCAAGAAAUGAUGGAAAGGUGUAACUGAGGAACAUGUAGUUUCCCUGAU